AGUGUAUAAGGACAGCAUCCAAGCGGCACGUCUACUAGGCCUAACUCCAACCUACUCCCAACUCUUUCAGUCGCGCGACGAUACUUGCACUCGGAUCUAUCAUGUCGAUAAACCUCAACGAGACGGCAGUACAGCAGAAAGCGGAUUUCGCGAAGAUCUUCCCUUUUGAUGAGAAGCUGUACUCCCUGGAGGGCGACGAGCUCGAGUUCAUGAAGAAGCAGACCGGUAUCACGGACGAAGAAGAGCUCAGGAAGCACAUAAUCGCGGUCACAAAGGAAGCUUACACGGUCUUCCCAUUCCCGUGCAUCCGCCGCUAUGCUUUCCUCACGUUGAAGCUCCCCCUUCUGCCUGGCUUUGAUCGGCUAAUCCAGCUUGGGAAGGAGCGCAAGGAUGCCGUGCUCCUCGAUAUAGGCUGCUGCUUCGGAAAUGAUGUCCGAAUUGCCGCUGCAAAUGGGUUUCCGGCCAAACAGAUUGUGGCCACCGACCUGUAUGGAGAUUACUGGAGGCUUGGCCACAAGCUCUACCGGAGCACGCCAGAGACAUUCCCGGCGACGUUCCUGACUGGAGACGCCUUCGACCCCGCUCACCUCGCCAUAGCUCCUCCAAUAUACACUGCGGGAUCAGACCCUGUACCGGACCUGCCGACACUGACGUCGCUGAAUCCACUGCGCGGACACGUCGCGGCGAUCCACGCCUCCUCGUUCUUCCACCUCUUCAACGAGGAGCAGCAGCUGCACCUAGCGCGCGCCAUGGCCGGGCUCCUCUCGCCCCUGCCGGGGUCAAUGAUCAUCGGAACCCAUGGCGGCGCGCUCCAGAAGGGCUCCGAGACCCACGACGUUGGCGGCGGCAAUGGCAGCGCGGCCGGAAAUCUGACGAUGUUCUGCCACUCGCCGGAGAGUUGGACGGAGCUAUGGGACGGAGGGGUUUUCGAAAAGGGCAAGGUGACGGUGGACGCAAGGAUCGUUCCGCUUCAGAUUGGGGAGAGGACCCGCCACGUUUUGCAGUGGUCUGUGACGAGGCUCUGAGUGCUCGUCUGUCUGGAACGAUGCGCAUGGGGUGUUUCGCGGGGACGUCUCGCCGAGCUUGG